GACACCACUUUCCCGCUUCUCCGCCUCGCCAAAGCUUUUAGGCUAUCAGGGCUCCAACGGAAAGAAAUAUUUCAAACGAUUGGGGCUAAAGUGUGUCGAACCCGUGACCUAUGGGCGCAUUUUAGGGCAUGGCUUCCUCCUUGUGUGCUCCAAGGGCGGUAGCAGUCAAGGGGAGCGCGGGCGAGGCAUGGGCGAAUGCGUCAAUCCUUCACCAAAUGCGGUGCAAUGCCGGCAUCGCACCACGGAUUUCCGGCUCCUUCGACGGCAAAACAGGGAGAUCGGGCGAUCCGUUGUGGUGAAGAGUAUGUCUAGCUCCCAGUCUCAAACGGAUGAUCUCAUCAAGAGCAAGAACGAGCACAAUCCCGUUGUCAUUUACUCCAAGUCGUGGUGCCCCUAUUGCAGCAAGGUGAAGGGCCUGUUUAAGAAGCUGGGAGUGAAGGUGGUGGUCGUGGAAUUGGACGAGCUCGUUGAGGAGGCGGACGUCCAGGCAGCCUUGAAAAGAAUGACCGGGCAAUCAACGGUGCCCAACGUGUUUAUUGGUGGAAAGCAUGUCGGGGGAUGCGAUGAUACGCAUCGCCUUCACAGUCAGGGGAAGCUCAUCCCGAUGCUGCAGGGUGCCAAGGCUCAAAUGCAGGGAUGAAUAAAAAGAGAUUUGAGAGAGUUUUAGGGGGCUCGUCGUGUAGCCGCUGAGCGAGCUGCUUAUCAGCAACAAAGGCGACAGGAGAGAAAUGAGCGGACGAGGAGGGAUAUGUGUGUGUCGCCAUUGGCUCACUGGAGUUUCAAUAAAAAUAAAUAACGUGGGAGA